CCAUCCGGUUGGAUACUCGAGACUGCCAGGACGCUAACGUGAAUAUUUACACCGCUAGUUCUAUUGAAAAUUAUUGUUGUUGAUGUAAAAUAACAUAGCGCUAAGUGCAAAAACAGAGGGACAUUUUGUGAUUUGACUGGCGCUGGUGGAGAGCUUCAAUAGCAACCACUGAUCGAAAUCAGCAGAGGUGGGGGAAAAUGGCUGACAUCAUAACAACUGAAUACGAGGACGACCCUGACAAUGGUUUCAUUCAAUGUCGUUUCUGCAACAAGAGCAUCAGGGGUGAUACCCAGUACAGGAUUCACCUGACUACAAUUCAACAUUUGAAGAGAGAGGAAGCAGCAAAUGGUCAGGCUCCAGCUAUGCCAGUAUGGAAAGGCUUCAUGGACUACUUGGAUUACCUGAACCUGGAUGAGCCAAUCAUUGGUCUGAGCUCAAUUGAGCAGACCGAAGAGCUAAUGCAGGCUAAUGGCACCCCCCGUGUGAAAUACAAGUGCAAGCAGUGUAAUUUAGAAACGGACCCGCCCGGGAUGGCCAGCCAUGUGGUGGGAAGAAAACAUCGACAAAAGUUUGUGGAAAUGAGAAGGCCUGAUUUGGUCACAUGGGAUGAUACCAACAAUAGCAAGCAGGGGACGGUGAUCAGGGCAAAAGCAGAAAUUGUAGAAAGACAAGAGGGACGUGGAAAACCAAAGGAAUUGCCUAAACAAAGAACCACAAGAUGGAAUGACCCCCAGAAACCUAAUAUACCUGUAAAUCCCAGAGAUGAACUGGGCAUGGGCCAUUCACAAGCCGGUCCAAGCAGGGACAGGGGGAGGUUUGACCCACCACAGGGAUUCCCCCCAAAACAAAAUGAUGCCAAUUACUACCCAGCACAUGCUUACCCACUUAGCGGCGAGUAUCGCGAAGAAGAUCCCCGUGAACGGUACCAUCUGGAAGACAGCAACCGCCCUCCGCGGGAGUUCUCAAUGUCUUUGAAGAAAAACAUCUCUGUGACCGUGGCUGUGGAUAGACGUCAUGAGAGGCACCAUGUCACUGAAGCUUACCAUGUCACCGAAGCGUACCCAGAUGAUGGGGACUAUAGAAGGGUGCAGCCACCUCCAGAUGACCUCUCAAGGAAAAUGCAUCGCGAAAGUGAGAUCUAUGACCCCUUUGAAAAUGAUAGUCCCCCUAGAAGACCACCACCUUUGGAUGACCACCCCGAUUCACGCCAUCCCAAAGGGGAACAUCGUCAACACAUCUAUGAGUACAACAACCGUUCUAGACCUCCUGCCGCACCACACCAGGAAGUUGAGCCCUCUCACCUGGCCAAUGAGUGGCCAUAUUCAGAGAGAGAGGCGAGGGGGCCUUCUUAUCCCCGGGAGGAACGCCACCCGCUUAGUGCUGCGGAGGGUUAUGCAAAUGAAGAUCCUUACGGGGGUUACGUUGAAAACGUCCGUGACAGGGAUCGUCGUUCCUACUCAAGGGAGGGUUCCUCUGAUCAUCGCCCAAGAAUGGACGCCGAUCACCGUUACGUGGGCCGUGAACAGUUCUCCGAAGAGAGAUUCCAACCUCACAUUGAGGAUGAUCGUGCGCAGAGGGCGCACUCCGAUUUUGAGCCCGAGGGCCACAAAGUAGUCAUCUAUGGCAGAUCAGCGCCCGAACCUAGAAUGCAGAGAGACUGGCCACGAGCGGGAGAGUUACCGCCAAGGCCCGAGGAAGACAGAAGAAGGCCCUACUCAGAUUACCCUCAGCAACAAGAUACAUUCCAGGAGCCAUAUCCUGCAAAGCGGAAGAAGAGCAGGUUCAGCGAUUGCACAGAGGAUGAAAUAGAUCUACUUUUAAAAUGUCAAAGAGCAAAGGCUGUUUCUGAUAAAAUUGUUCAGGAUGCAUCCAGUCAUGCUCGGAGGCGUCGUGGGGGUGGCCCUUCAAAGGGAGACCUUAGACAACGUGGAAAAGUCGAACAAGCUUAUGAGCAUAGGCCUUCUGAAGGUGGGGGCUUGAGGGAGGAUUUCAGGGAGCGUGGGAGACCCGAACAAAAUCCUGACCAUUUCAUGGAUCUCCCUAGGGUUCCUGAAAGGGCAGGCUUGAGAGAGGACUUCAGGGAACAUGGAAGAGAGGAAGACCCUGGACGUUUUGUGGAUCUCCCCAGGCCUUAUGAAAGUGGCCACUUCAGGGAGGAUUACAGGGAUCGUAGAAUGGAGCAAGAUCCUCCCAGUGUUCAGGAUGUCUAUAGACAUGAUUCUGAACGUGAGCGCUUGAAGGAGGAUUACAGACAGCAGGAACGAGCACCAGACUCUGGCAACGUUCUUGACGUCCUUAAAGGUGUUCAGAUUGAGAGUGUGGAAGAAGCCAAUUUCCUGAAGACUAAACUCUGCUCUCUGCUGAAAGAGUUUCAGGCUGGCAAAAAGGAUACGAGAGGGGAUCAGAUUUCCCCCAUGGAGUCUGAAGACUAUGGUCAGCCAAGGGGGGAUGUUCCAGAACGGGCUGCAACCAGUAGUGACUAUGGUCGCUGGACAAGAGAAAUGCCACCUGCAGAGAUGAGGCGUGACGAUUUCCACCACCAAGCGACCCCUGAGCGCUAUGAGCGUGACGAGCCUCCGCAUAGAAGAGAACAUCCGGUGCCUGAUGAAAGGAUUGAGGAAUACCCACGGGGUGAUUUUCACAGAGAAUACCACCGUUCGCCGCCAAGAGACGUCCCGGAGAGGUACAGCGAUGGUUUCCCGCGACCAGGUUACCAUGAGUACCCGCCAGAGGACCAUUACCGUGACAUGCGUCCUGUUCGGGCCCGCUAUGAGGAAGAGAUCAACCCUCCCACCAGCCUCGACAAGAUCGCCUCCACUCUGCUGCAGCUUGUCGCUCACAAAUGAUUUUUUUUUUCCUGAAAUGUUUGCUUCGUCAAUUUUUUUUUCUGCUCUUCUCCCCCUUUUUCCACUAACACAUGAUUGUUUGGUCUGCUUUACGUGCAGUAUUUUGUAUGAUUAAAAAAAGAAGAGUAAUAUUUUAUGAUUGUGUACAAUUCUGUAACUUGACUGAGCCCAUCAUCCCCCCCAUGGACAAAAUUCUUCUAAUUUUGUUAUACAUUCUAGUUCCUAUUGUAAUACAUUCUAAUAUUGUUGAGUUGUUAAUUUGGUCCGAGAUCAUGGCUGACCAAUAAAGACCUCCCCUAGGGAAAAUCUGA